GUGAGCGUCGGUUCGGUGGCGGUGUGUGGAGAGAUGGAAGCGGAGAAGGCGGAUGCAGAUAAGACUCGCUCUCACUGUCCCCAAGUCUAAGGACGCAGAUUAAACGUUUCCUCUCGGAUAUUUUUCCUUCUUUUUUUUUUUUUUUACAUUUUUCUGCCAAUAUGCUAUGAUCUCCGUCGUGCUCGCGGGCACCACCCAUCCAAACGUACCCGUCUAUCUCUGAGCUGUCAAUCAAAUCACGCCGGGAUUUCUACAUGUGAGUGCAUGGCGCGCCGGGCAGGGCGGAUCUGCUCACGGGGUGAAAAAACGCCGCUUAAUAUGGAUGAAAGGUCAACCAUCAUCUCAUCGUUUCAAUCACUCUGAUUAGCGACACUGUCCUAUAGCGUUGCCCAGACCACAGAGCUGGGAAGAUGAUGUGCGAGGUGAUGCCGACCAUUAACGAGGGAGACUCGGCUGGUCCUCCCAGAGGCACCAGCGGCGUCCCGAACGGCUCGGACCAGGAGGCCAACUUCGAGCAGCUGAUGGUCAACAUGCUGGACGAGAGGGACAAGCUCCUGGAGUCCCUGAGGGAGACCCAGGAGACCCUCAUUCAGUCUCAGACUAAGCUGCAGGGGGCGCUGCACGAGAGGGACGUGCUCCAGCGGCAGAUCAACGCCACGCUGCCUCAGGAGUUUGCCACCCUGACGAAGGAGCUGAACAUAUGCCGGGAGCAGCUGCUGGAGAAAGAGGAAGAAAUAUCGGAGCUGAAAGCUGAAAGAAACAACACCAGGCUGCUGUUGGAGCACCUGGAGUGUCUGGUGUCUCGUCACGAACGCAGUCUGAGGAUGACAGUGGUGAGGAGACCCCCAUCGUCUGGAGUCUCCAGCGAGGUAGAGGUCCUCAAAGCCCUGAAGUCGCUGUUUGAACACCACAAGGCUCUGGAUGAAAAGGUACGUGAAAGGCUUCGUGUGGCUCUGGAGAGGGUGUCCACCCUGGAGGGACAGCUAGCAGUUAACACACAAGAGUUGAACAUGGUGAGACAAAGGAAGGAUGGUGACUCAGUGGAGCGAACAGAUGGAUCCAAACCUACAUGGAAGAGACUGCCCAACGGCUCCAUAGAUGCCCACGAUGAUGGCAGCCGGGUGUCUGAGCUUCAGGAGCUGCUGGAUCGGACCAAUAAGGAGCUCGCCCAGAGCCGUGACCACUCUGCCACUCUCAGCGGCCGCAUGGCCGACCUCGAGGCAGAGCUCGCAAAUACACGCCGAGAACUGAGCCGCAGCGAGGAACUGUCAAUCAAACAACAGCGGGAACAGAGAGAGAGAGAAGAUAUGGAGGAGAGGAUAACAACGUUAGAGAAACGCUACCUGGCUGCUCAGCGGGAGACCACACACAUCCACGACCUCAACGACAAACUGGAGAAUGAACUGGCCACUAAGGACACGCUGCACCGACAGAGCGAGGAGAAGGUGACCUAUAUCUGGCAGCUGGUGAUCUUGGGCUCAAUACACACUUCAUCCUUUAAUCCACACAGAGAUGCUUGAUUAGCUGCAUGAAUACACCCAAAUGGAGUCUGUGUCGAAAGAGAAAAUGUGAUGAUGUCAUUCCCACCCGUCUGGUUCUCUCUCUCCGCUCAUCAGGCUCGUCAGAGAGAGAAAAUGAAUGAGGAGCACAACAAGCGCUUGUCAGACACCGUGGAUCGUCUGCUCACUGAGUCCAAUGAAAGACUGCAGCUCCAUUUGAAGGAACGCAUGGCUGCCCUGGAGGACAAGAACUCCCUCAUUCAGGACCUCGAGAACUGCCAGAAACAGCUUGAAGAAUUCCACCACACCAGGGAACGGCUAAUUGGAGAGAUUGAGAAGUUGAGAAAUGAGAUCGACCACUUGAAACGUCGCAGUGGGGCGUUUGGAGAUGGAACUCACCCUCGGUCGCACCUGGGCAGCGCCAGUGACCUUCGCUUCUCUGUGGUGGAGGGCCAAGAUGGCCACUACAGCACAACUGUGAUCAGGCGGGCACAUAAGGGCAGAAUGUCGCUACGAGACGACCCGAACAAGGACUACCCGUCUCUGCGUGGAAGCGUCAGCCACCUCCUCGGCAGCGACAUCGAGGCAGAGUCAGACCUGGAUGAUGACGUUAGCUCGACCCUGCUUUCCCCCAGCGGCCAAUCUGACGCUCAGACUCUCGCUCUCAUGCUGCAGGAGCAGCUCGACGCUAUCAAUGAAGAGAUAAGGAUGAUCCAGGUGGAGAGAGAGUCAGCAGACCUCCGCUCUGACGAGAUCGAGUCUCGCGUGAACAGCGGCAGCAUGGACGGACUCAACGUGACGCUUCGACCCCGCGCGCUGCCCACCUCCGCCACUGCCCAGUCUCUGGCAUCAUCCUCUUCCCCACCCACCAGUGGCCACUCCACACCUAAACACCACUCACGCAACGCCAGCCACCAUCUAGGCAUCAUGACUCUGCCAAGCGACUUGAGGAAACAUCGCAGGAAAGUAGCAUCUCCUGUGGAAGUGGACAAAGCUACUAUCAAGUGUGAAACAUCGCCUCCCUCGUCCCCCCGCAGUUUACGGCUAGAAACCAAUUUCGCGCAGUUCACAGGCAGUCUAGAGGACGGCCGAGGCAAGCAGAAGAAAGGCAUCAAGUCAUCUAUUGGCCGAUUGUUUGGGAAGAAGGAGAAGGGUCGAUUGGAGCAGACUGUAGGCAGAGAUGGACAGCCUCUACCGGCAUUAACAGACUUUGAAAUGGGCAUUGGUGACACUAUGACUCUGGGAAAACUGGGCACACAGGCUGAGAGGGACCGCAGGAUGAAGAAAAAACACGAGCUUUUGGAAGACGCCAGGAAAAGAGGCCUGCCAUUUGCCCAUUGGGACGGCCCAACUGUUGUCUCGUGGCUAGAGCUGUGGGUGGGUAUGCCAGCGUGGUACGUGGCAGCCUGUCGGGCAAACGUGAAGAGCGGAGCCAUCAUGUCAGCUCUGUCCGACACAGAGAUUCAGAGGGAGAUUGGCAUCAGCAACCCUCUGCACCGACUCAAACUCCGCUUGGCCAUCCAGGAGAUGGUGUCCCUCACCAGCCCGUCUGCACCACUUACCUCCAGAACGUCCUCCGGAAAUGUGUGGGUGACUCAUGAAGAGAUGGAGAACCUGGCUUCCUCCACUAAAGCGGACAAUGAGGAGGGCAGCUGGGCACAGACUCUGGCGUAUGGCGAUAUGAAUCAUGAGUGGAUAGGGAACGAGUGGCUGCCCAGCCUGGGCCUGCCUCAGUACCGCUCAUACUUCAUGGAGUGUCUGGUGGACGCACGCAUGCUGGACCACCUGACCAAGAAGGACCUGAGGAGCCACCUCAAGAUGGUGGACAGCUUCCAUAGGGCUAGUCUGCAGUAUGGGAUUAUGUCCUUGAAGAGACUCAAUUAUGACAGGAAAGACCUGGAGCGCCGGAGAGAGGACAGCCAACACGAGAUGAAAGAUGUGUUGGUGUGGACCAAUGAGCAGGUGAUCCACUGGGUCCUGUCCAUUGGUUUAAGGGAGUAUAGCGGCAACCUGCUGGAGAGCGGCAUCCACGGAGCGCUCAUCUCUCUGGACGAGACCUUCGACUACAGCAGCCUCGCGCUCAUCCUGCAGAUCCCUAUGCAGAACACACAGGCCCGGCAGGUUCUGGAGAGGGAGUUCAACAACAUAUUAGCCCUGGGGACCGACCGUCAACUAGAGGAGAGUGGGGACGACAAGUCUUUUCGACGCUCUCCGUCGUGGCGCAAGAGGUUUCGGGCACGCGAGGGAGGGGUGGGGCUCGGCAUGAUGGCGGGCUCCAUGGAAACGCUGCCUGCUGGCUUCCGCAUGCCCUCCAUGUCCAUGCCGCCCUGUGUGAAUUUGAUGCCCAAGAAACAGCUUCAGCCUGAAGUGCAUUCUCAUUACCUAUAUGGACACAUGCUUGCGGCCUUUUGAGAGUGAUAUGCCAAAUCUGGAGAGGGAGUUCCGGGUGCCACUGGGGAGGGGUCUCCCCCCCCCCCACCCCCCUUUUUGUUGCCCGGCCUCACCUCCCAACGUUCACCUCUCACCUCUCCUUCGGACACGUGCAAUACAGAGGCCAACUCUGAUCUUUUGAACUCUUUGAGAGUGCUCAUUGGCUGCGCUCGCUGCUGUAAAGGAGACUCAUCCCUGUCUCUCCCAGUUUACCCCCAGUGCUCCCAGUAGCCUUGUUGUUGUGGUGUUGUGCUCCUGCUCCCCCUGGUCUCAGCUGUGGGUUCUUGUCUGGUUCUAAUCUGUCAACAUGGCCAAGUCCAAACCAAUCUUCCAAUGUCAUCAGGACCUCUGCAACACAAAAGUCGGUCGGUGUAAAAAAAAAAGAUUCAUAGGGAUGGUGAGACGUUGUUGAUUUGGAUUUGGGAAUGAUGAAUACUUGUAUAAAUGGCAGAUCCCACUGCACAUUGCCCCUCUACCGGUUAUGCAAGGUAUUACUCAUUUAUCGUCUCUGUACAUAAAAUGGAUGACUUAUGUUUUUUAUAGAAAUAUUAUAUAUAUAUAUAUAUAUAUAUAUAUUGGAAAUAUAUAUGGAAAAUAAUAUAAUAUCAUUGCUGUAUGAAACCCAAUGCCCUGUAUUCGAUAGUGACUGUUCUCUCUCUUUCUCUCUCUUUCUCUUUCUCUCUGUGUCGGACCUUUGUGUGUCUUUUGUUGUAUGCCGUAAGUGUGUGACUUGUUAGUGGGAGGGUCUCACUAAGGAAGGGGUGUGUUUCUACAAGGACUCUUCACAGGUUCAUGGGUCCAAUUUCAGACUUCUCUCUUUGCCUCUUUUUCUCCUGUUCUUUCCUUUUCCCUCCUCCUCCUCAUCUUUUGACACUAUGUAGCUGUUACCUCUCCUCCUUUCGCCUCUCGCCUUCAGUAUGACACUAUGUAGCCUAGAAUAGAGAGAAUCCUUUAAUAUGAAGAGUAUGCGUGUGUGUGUGUGUGUGUGUGUGUGUGUGUGUGUGUGUGUGUGUGUGUGUGUGUGUGUGUGUGUGUGUGUGUGUGUGAGCAAAUGAGUCUCUCUGCUCAAGACGUGUGGAGAAUCUGUGUGUGAAAGGCCGACCCCAGCCGUGUGACCAUGACUUUUCUCUGUGGACGGGUAGUGUGAACACUGUAGCUCCUCUCUGUUGAAUCCUUACAUUCUCUCAAAUCAAACUGUAAACUGCUGCUCAACAUCAGCCGAUGAUAAACACGAAAACUGCUCAAUGUGAUGGACUCUUCUAAUCCCGUCCCGUCACCUCCUAUUUAUUUGCCAUGGAGACGUGCCAGUGAGCAGUCAGUACUCUUGGCUGACCAACUCCUCAUCCAAUGAGAACACAGCAUAUGAACCAGUGAAGUGCUGGAUGGGUGUUUUUUUUUUAUUUUAGAGUUUUUCCAAGGUGUCUAAAAGGUGUAAUGUGCUAUGUGGCAGCUAUGAGUACUGUGUCUUUAUUCCAGGUGUGAAACAAUGCUGACAAAUCAAGAUUUUAUUAUUUGGCUAUUUAAAAAAAGUGAACAGUAUUUAUGACACUAUAUAGACAUAAGUAAAGCUGUUUUUUAAAGA